AGGACACUCAUGGUGUCGAGCCAGCUAAUUUCGUGGACGGACCACGCCGCUCGAGGUACGCUGAUACGAAUAAACUUUCCUGUUUAGCAGAUGAGCAAUAACUGAAGAAUGCUGGCGUAACCGAUCAUCGAAAUACCGCGCGCCGAGAACGAGAACACCGAGCAGCGAACGCACGCGCAUCACAGUGCAACCCGGAGCAAGCCGACGGUGCACUAUGGUAUGCGGCGGUCCUUUAUUGCAAAAAAAACUCCGGCGGAUUCGCCCCACGUCGCUUCGCGAGCCCUUGGCCGAAUAGAAGGGUUAUGCCGUUUGUAAGCGUCGGCGAAUCGUCGAGUCCCCUCGGCCGCACCGUCGUCGCUUUCGUGGGCGGAGAACGCGAGUAGUGAUCGUAAGCAAUGAAAUUUUUAAUUGUCCGGUGACAUUCUUCGCAAGACGACGGGCAGGUGUGUCUUCAUUCGGAUGUGUGUACAGCCCCACCAACUCGCGCGUGUCUCGCCGUCGAGCUCUCCGGUCUCCGGUUUCAUCGGCGAAACGUGUAAUGCAUGCUGCAAAACUCAAGACAAUCUAAUCAGGACCCAAUGACUGUCGGCAAUACGGAUAACCAUAAGGCAAAAAAAAUGAGUUCUUCACUAACGUCACUUCAGCCAAAUAGUCAAAGCUUAGAAAGGCAGAGACAUGUCAGAACAACGACAGAAAGACUUUAUAAUAGUCUUACCAAGAAAAGGAAAGAUCCAAAGCAAACAAAUGUUCAAAGAAUGUGGAUAAACUAUGAAGACUGUAAAGAUGUUUGGGCAGCUAUAAGAUCUAAUUAUGAUUAUAUUAUGGAUACUAAUUUAAUCGAAACUUGCAAAGAAGCAAAUGGUGAAUUAACAUGGGAUGAAACAGAUGUAGCAACACAGUCUUGGAAUUUGAAGGAAGUCAGUAGCCAGUUUUCAGAGCUUUACUCGUGGUUAAGAAUUCUUCAAGAAUUGGUCUAUUCUAAGGAAGAGAAUAUUUUAGACAAAAGUCUGCGUGCAGCUCAUAUGGAGGAGCUACGACGCAAGGCAUACAGACGCAAAUUGUUUAACGAACAAGCGGAAAAGUUAAUUUCUCGCGCUCCUACUUUAAAAGACGAAGUAGCAUGGCGUGUAGAUCACUUAAAUGCAAAAUGGGAACUAGUUGAGCAAAUUAUGGCGCCCAUAGAUCGACCUGUAUCUAGUCAGCAAGAUAUAACAGCAGAUUUCGAACAUGAAGUAAAAUGUCUAAGAAAAUGGUUACGAGAAAUGGAAUCGCGUCUUCAACCUCUGAGCUUCCACAUCGAUUGGACUCUGUCAGAAUUAGAGGAAAAAGCAGUGGAGCACAUGGUACUCCAACGAGAUAUAGAGGCGCACGGGCGUAUCGUCAGUUCAGUUGUCAAAUUAGGAGAUAAAGUUUUUACGCAACAACAGCAACAGCAACAAGGACAGGAACAGCAAAAAGAGCAGCAAUCUGCGCAGCCUUUACGGAUAGUAAGAUCAUUAGAACGGCGUUGGCAUCUUCUAUUUUUACGCGCCUUGGAAUGGCAGUGUCACAUUGAAACCCUCGUAUCUCACAUAAGAAAUAAGAAUACCGUGCCUUAUAGCUGUAGUAGCGACAGCGACGAGGAACCAGUCACGAAACAGCCUCGUCUCAGCCGCGGACGAUCGCGUGGCUCUGGAACGGAAUCGCCGGGACAGUCCGCUCGCUCGACGCGUACCGAACGCGCAAAGCGUGUUGCCGGACGUUCGAGAUCCGAGUACUGUAAUCAUCCAGUCUCCGCGAGGAGUGAUCCGUCCGACAGCGACGCCUCUUCCGAGAAUCGAUCCAUCAGCGAGGGAUCAUACUUCGAGGAUGAAUUGUGUCAGCUUUGUGUGAUGGGCGCAAGGUCCGACGAACCGGUAAAAAGGGAAGCCACUAGUUCCAUUACGUCUAUCUUGGGGGAUCGAGGGGAGGAAGGUGACGUCGAGGAAAGCGGAGUGAGCGACAACGAGCAACACGACAUGCCGCCUACACCGGACACCGUGCCGAUAACGACGUCGACGGCGGCUAUGCAGGAGACGUGCGACGAAAUUGACGCGGCGAGCACCGUGCAAAUCGAAAAUACAGAAAAAUCGAAUAACGAUCUGCGGAUGAGCGAGCUUGUAAAACGCGGAACAACGGAGGAGGCUGCGUCCUUCAACACGUCCGACAGAAAAUCAAAGAACUGCGCUACCUUCUAUUUUAAGCAUCUGGACACUGAUUCGGAGGCGGACUGUAGUCAACCAGUCCAGGAAUCGACCAAUGUAGUGGACGAUUCCUCCGAGGAAGAGUGGACUUACACUUCCACCCGUCGAAAUAACUCGCUCGUCGUUUCGGAGCAGCGAAAGACGAACGUUGUGGUGCGUCUGGACUUCAACGAAAGUCCGCGCGUCGAUCUGACCGAAAAAAUGCAUUUUGCGCAGAAAAUGAAUGCGGGCGCUGAGAAAGAAACGCCUGCGAGACGUGUGUACGAUUGUGCCUUGGAAAAGGAUAGCGAUGAUGAGAAAAAGAAUGAUAAAUCAAGUAUUCAGAGAUUAAUUAAAGAAGUUGAAAACUUAAUUGGUGAGGAGAGACACGCGGCUGCCUCGCGGAAUUUCCCGCAAUUAGUAUUCGAGGAGAAGAACAUAACGAAUAAUCACCGAGCGAAAUAUGCGCGUGUAAAGGAAUGGUUAAAGUUGAAUGCGUCGAGGAGUCACGAAGGCAGAUCACAGCCAUUAGACAGCUGCGACGCCAGCGGUGAAUACACGACGGAAGAUUCGGAUGGCGAAAGACAAUCGAUAUCGUCGGAUGAUUUACAGAGCAGUGUCGCGACUUACCGUCGAUUCGAAGGCGCUCCUGGAUCUAUGUCGCAAUCCCUUUCACAAGAGAUACUUGAUAAUGUUCAGAAAACGCCUGUUAACGAGGCACCCCUCGAUGAAAGUACACCGAAGGUCGUAAUGCGCUCUAAACAAAAAGCGAAAGGGUCCAGACCGUGGAGCGUUUCUUGUAUCUCACAAAUCGGAGAUGAUCCUAAUUUAGCUCAAAUGAAUGAUCCCAUUUUACCGUUCUCUAUAUCUGAGACUGCGCUUCAUCAAUUGGUCACAACUCCGCCCACUAAAUCCGUAUCCUUGGAUGCUGCAGGAUCACGGAAAUCGUUUAAUUCCACAUCCACUUUGUUAGAGGAAUCCCUUAUAUCUCCCGAUGAUCGCGUAGCUAGAAAUAUUCGCAGGAAGAAAAAUAGAUUGCGUAAAAAGACUUUGGGUCGUAAAAGUGAUUCUAGUUCAGAAAGUGCACAUGCCAAUCAUCAUUCAGCUGGAAGCGACGGCAGCUCGAAUCAGCAACGCUCGUCUCGUAAAAUGAAUCUAAAUCGCACAAUGCAUACAAUUACGAAAGAAAACUGUUAUAGUCGCUCGACGACUCUCGUUAAAUCCGGGUCUUUCUCAGGCUGUACCGUCCAUCAACAAUUACACGUAGAAAGGACGCUUGUUAAUAAUACUACACCGUUCAAACUACUUUGCUGUAAGUCGCUGGCUUCCACAUCGGAAACUGAAGGCGAGGAUCGCAAUUACGCUCAAGGACCUUACACUUACGAUAAUAGUGCGUUGAAUACCACGCUGAAUAAAGAAUUAAGUAAUCAGCAAUUAAAUAUAGAUAGUGACGUAGAAAUGAACAGUCUUGGUAACAAUUCGUUAUCCGAACAGGCUUGGGAUAAUUACCAGGAGAAAUAUAUGAGUGAGGCUUACAGCGAGCCGUUAGAUGUAGAUACGGCUCGAAGAUUGUUGGAUUUUGGAGAUGACUAUCGCAAUUUCCUCGAUAGUCAGUCGGAAUGCGCAUCUAGUAUAAGCGCAAUUCCCGCUAGUUCACCACUGCCUAAGAUUCGUACAUAUCAUGAAACUUACACUACAGAGGAUAGUGAUAGUGACGAAGAAGGCUUGCGAAAAAUUGCGGAAAAUUCGCAAUCGCAAUUUAUAGUUACUGAAAAUACUUUUGUAAGAAGCAGUGGCUCGGUUCCUGAAGAACUCGCUGAAAUGGAGUCUGCGUGUAAAGAAAACUUAGGAUGUUUGCAGACCGUAUUGGAAUCGCAGAAUGGAUACUUGCGAAGUGAAAAAUAUUUGAGACAAGUUCGCGGUAUGAUAGAGAAAUGGGAAACUUUGGCAUCCCGAGUGGAGCAAGCGCAAAUGGCCAGCGCUCUUCAUCGCGAGCUGGCUGCCAUGCGAAUGGAAUUCAAAACGAUGCACGAUCAAUUUUUCGAUUACGAAAUUAUCCUGGAACAGCCGCACGUGCUCGAUGAUCGCAUCAAUAGGAUCACUGCCGAGCUGGCUGUUCUUAAGGACCGCAAACCGGCGAUGCUCGCGCUCAACGUCUCCGCGCAUCGACUGAUUACCGAUCUCGGUGCCUCCGCGCCGUUGAUUUGCACAGCCCUCAAGGAUGGCGUGGCGGACCUUUACAGGAUAUGGGACGAGACGUUCCAAAAAGGUAAUCAGCAGCUGUGCGCUUUGCAAGCUGUGCAGCAGUUCGGUACACGUUUGGCCGAACUCCAGUCCGCUCUGCAGAGGGACAAAGAUACCUUGGCGGUCCUGGACGUGGCCCUGCAAGCGGGCGCCACUUCGGAGGUCGCCUCUUCCGUUCGUCACGUCGCCCGGCUUCUGUCCGAAAGACAAGACAUCAAUUGUCAGAACGAGGCAGUGCUGAACGACGCGACAACGGAAGAAAUACACUGUGUAAAAUUUGCCAAUGUGUCCGCAAGCAAUCUUACGCAGGAAGGUGGUUCCCUUUCCGACAGCGGGAUCUCCGAUAGCGGAAGCGAGCAGGAGUUGAGCGAGCGGGAGCACAGAUUAGCCGCUCUUCGCCGAUUGACGCGCAGCUUAGAGACUCAACUGGCGCCGGGGAGCAAGGCUCUGACCGAGCUCUGGAAGAGGAUCGAGGAUGCCGAGAGCGAGCUGCGCGAUUUGCAAAAGCAGUGCAGGGAGCUCAUCGUGCGCACGGCGGCGAGCGUGGAUGCACGUGCGACCAAGCGGACGGCCAGUCAGGUUCAUUAUCCUGCGGACAAGCGCAAGAAGGCGUCCGAUCGUGACGCAAUCACGUCGAAAAGCCACGCGGAAUCGGUGCCGACCAGGAAGAGAAACGCCGGCGUCGCUAAGGGCGACUACCCCGACAGCGAGCCGGCUCCUAAGAGCUGGAUCUGGCGAAUCCUCAAGGUGGCACUGCCCUUCCAGCUCGCAUUGGUCGCCCUAUUCUGCGCCGCUUGCCUCUUGGAGCCGCACUGUUGCGAGGCUGCGAACACGCUCAAUCUGUCGCUCACGCCGCAACUGCGCUACGUUAGGGGGCCACCGCCGGUGUGAGCGGUGCAAUACGGCAGGUAUAACACAAUUGAGAAAUAUCGACGCCAAGAAUUGGCGAAUUCUUUGGCGAAAAAAUGGAUAAUUACAUCCAUUCCGAUACGCGCGCGAUGUAUCGCCGAUUAGCGAUUAAGUUCGUGGCAUAAAAACUGUCCGCGAAUUUUUAGCGAGUGCUAUUAAAACAUAUUAGUGGAUUAUUAAUCUUGAAUAUCUGAAAAUUCGGUAACACAUUUUUUUAGAGAUGAAUGCAUUUGUCUGCAUGUAAUGACUGAUUUUUUCACUGCCUGCAUAUGCUUUUAUUUAUUUUUUUUCUUUUUCUUUGUCACAUCACAUACAAAAUUUGAUUAACAAUUUCCGGCAUCUCCACAAUAGUUAUCAUGACGUAAACUAUUGAACAUAUCCGGUCCAACCACGUAGUAGAAAAAUUGAAAAGUUUGCAAAAGUAAUAUAUAUUUUGAGUACGAAUUGAUACGCGUACUUUUCCGCGGUGAAAGGGUUGAAUUUGCGGUUAAGUAACCGAUUAAAUUUGCAUAAAGAUAGUCUAGCCACGAAUCACGAACGUUACAAUUACAAAUACCUGUAUCAAGGUACCCUGCGCUUUAAGGGUAUUUCAGUAUUCGCGCAAGGACGAGACGUAAGUACAUUACGAUAUCGAUACAGGCGCCAGUUGUUUUCUUAUCAUUCUGAAUUGCGCGAGUCUGCAGCUUAUGUUAUUGUUGAACUAUAAAUAUUUAUUUAUAUAUAUACAUAUAUAUAUACAGAAUAUAUAUUAUAUAUUUUACAUUGUAUAGUAUUUUUCGGGGGAUAAUAUUUGGUUUUCCUCUUGAAAGAGAGAAAGUAUGUCGACGAAUGAAUCUUAUACGUCGUACGGUUGAAUAGCCGAGAUUUUAGUCAUAUCGAUUUUUGUUGGGAAAUGGUAGUUUGAUUCCACGUUGUUAAUCUUCCUCUUUGUUCCAAGUAUUCUCCCGCAAUACUGUUUCUAACAUCGUGAUCUUCAUUUUCGUAACAACGAAUGCUUAUCCUAACAUAUUUCCGUCAUUGCAAAUUUCACAUCACUAUCCAUGUGAUGUGAAAUGCUCAUACACCAACUCCAUAUCGCAAAAUCUAUGCCGCAUAUUUCCGCUUUGAAGAAAAUUCUAUUAAUUUGCUAAAAAAAUAGGUUUUGUGUACAAAUUUCUCUUUGAACACUUACAUGAUUAUUGCACUCACAUCAGAAAGGGGUGGAUUUAAUUAGAGCAACGAAAUUGAUUUUUUCUACAUUGCUAUGAUACUUUGCACGGCAACAAUUUGAAUGUAUGCACAUAUAUGUAUAGUUCAGCACGUAUUGCAUGCGUUUAUAUCACUCUUGAAGCACUUUGCACCUCCUACUUAUCAUUUUUUAAUCUUAUUUCAUUUUAAUGUCAAUAACGUGCAUGCUAUUAAACUAAAUCUUGUAUAAACGGACGAUGGUAUUCAUAUGUUUCGUUUUGAUAUGAUUGAAAAUUGUAGAUUGUGAUAUAUUUUGACAGCUUUUGACAUUCUCUCAUGUACGAUCUUUUAACGAGAGAUACAUAUGCGUCGUUUAAGAUUAUGAACGACUCGUGAUUAGCAAGAAUUUUAAUUGUAAAUAUUUAUAUAUAUAUAUAUAUUUGUCGAUUUCCUUUGAGCGUGUCUUUGAUAUUUGAAGGCACUUGGAUUACGAAUUAAAUGAUGAUUAAUAUAAGACUUAGAGAGAAAUAGUAAGCGACUUGUGCUAAGGGGCGAGAAUUAUUUUUUCAAAAAGGAAAGCUUUUGACAGAGAGAACGGUAUAAUUUGUGGAAAUCUAUUUUGUAAACUCUUUUUGAGAAGAUAUGAAUGAAGAAGAGAAUGGAAUGGCGACGCGCGCGUAUAUAUAUUACGAAAGCGACCAUUCUGAGUUCACACGCGAUGCGAAGUAACGAAAGAUGCCUUAUGGCCAAUGAUUUGAAGCUUACAAUUUGCACGAUGCUUACUGUGUAAGCGUAUCGCAUUCUAGCGUAAUGAUCCCGAUCUAUACUUAUGCAGAUCUUGAUCUUCUCAUGAGAGAGACGAUAUCGUCGGUAAGUCCAUUUGGCAUUUUUGCGGACUACGUGGAGGUAGCGAACGAUCGAUGUGUAAAUAUAGAGUAAUUAUAGCUAUGUAAAAUAACGACAGAUUGACAUGGUUUCGUGGCUUAGAAUUUUUUAGACAACACCACGAUACGCACGAAAAAUAUCACAGCGAAACAUAUAUCUCUUUCAUUCCUCUUGGGAAUAGAAUGAUAAAGACUAAUUAUCAAAUCACCGUUACUUCACUGUCCAAUCAUUUUGCAAAUUUUCACUUUGCAUUACUGCACCUACAUCGAUCUAUGGAUGGUAGUACGGUUACCAACAGUUUAUUUUUCUUUCUGUACAAGUGAUACAGAUAUAUUGCGAAUAUUAGGCAAGGUUUCAUUAUGAUUGCCUAAGAAAUCAAGAUGUUCACAGGGUUGAUGCUCAGAGAUCAUUUGAUGGAGAUAUUCUUAGAGAUACUGCGCUGUUCAGUAUUAAUAUCUCUUCAGCGAGAAGUAAGACGAACAUAUUUUUCAUAUUUAAUGCACUAAAGACCGCAUUGAUAACAGAGGUCCUACAUGCUUCAAUUUAAAGGACACUCUACUUUCUGCGAGACGUGUUAGAAUUAACGGAAUGAUGAGAACGGUUACUCUUUCGUACCGUCGUACGUUGUGUCUAUAAAACGCAAACAACGGUGACUAUCUCGGAUAAUGAGCGUUAAAUAGCUUGCGGAAUGCAAGGGCAGUUAGAUAUGCGAAGAAGAAUGUGUUAUAUUUCAUUGCUUUCGAAUGAUCGACUCGAGAUAGAGCGAUAAGAGAAUCGUGGGUUUAACUGCCAGUGAAGAUGUUGAAAGUGGAGAAUUUUAAUCUUUUUCGGAGCUGAUCUUGAUCAGCGUCUUCGUCGUAAUGGACGAAGUUGAUUUUUAUCAGAAGCGUAAUUUAAUAUAGUUUCAUUACAUUGCGAUGAAACUGUGCUGAGGAAAGUUUUUUAUUUCGUUAUCAAUCACGAAAAUAUCAUUACGUAGUAGUUAGAAUCAGAAUGAUGGUUCCUAUGGCCUAACUCGAACGAGAGAUACCUUUUAGUUCCGCUGUUUCCUACGAAGUUUGAUUGAUAAUUUAGCGGUAAGAAAGCGACCGACUUUCUAAUCGACGCACGAUCAUCGCUCGAUUAUUGUUUUCGAACGUAGAUGUAAUCUACGUGAAAAGUUUUUACUUUUUUUAAGGUUUAACACCAACUUGAGACACACAUACGAAGAGGACGAUUUAUUGGAUAAUUAUAGUUAUCCAAUAAUGAAGUACGCAUACGUACUUAUGAUGAAAAAAAAAGAGUCGUGAAAAUGAGAGGCAACGAUUUUAUUGCCUGUUGUUAAAUGAACGAUUGCUUAAUGGCACCGAAUACUUUUGUAGAGUGUAUUUAUCAUGACACAAUCGUUCUGUUGUCACAACGCAAUUGUUCAAAGAAACGAAGAUCUUUGUCUUAAAAAGAACGAUGAGACUCAAUAAUCAAGUGACUUUAUAUUCACUUUAAAAGCAUGGCGAUUUGACUUGCAUGGAUACUUAUACUUAUUACAUUUAUAGCAUAAAUCGUAUAAGUUUUAUAUACGAUUGUAGUAUUAUGAGAUAAUUGAGUAUAUCGCACAGAGCUUUUUAAUAUAGUGUUACUUAAAAUGCUAUCAAAAUUUUUUCAUUUUUAUGUUACUACAACACGAUAAAAAAAGGAAAUAUUACUAUCGGAAAAUAUUUUUCGCGGUGAAAAGAUGCAUAUAAAAGUGCAUUUAAUAAAAGCGCAUAAAUUUAAUGCGCGUCUGAAUAUGUCAAUAGCGAUUUUAAGUAACGCAUUUCAGAUGUAUUUCGUUCUCGUAUCGCGAACGCGAUACGAUUUUAUCUGCCUUAUGAAAAAGUAUAACAAUAUUUAUAAAGUACCUGAGAAAUCAAAAAAGUUACUUAGAAUAUCUACUUUGUUAUUUUAUUCACGCGGUCAAUGAAGGUAUAUUGGUGAUGUUGUAUCACGCUUAUCAUUUUGCUGAAUAUAUUCAUUUAUGUCGUCAUAUGAAUUAGGUGUAGACUUUGCAUGUGUCUUUUUUUUAAUUACUAUUAAAGGGAGUCAUGAUAUGAUUAUUGCUCCACAAAAAAAAAGAUAAAAAAGGUAUUCAGUUCGAUAAGUGCGAACAAUGUAUUAUGAUAUUCAGUAUCUUCGAAGAUCAUCGUUCGAUUUACAGAGCAAUGCUGCACUGUAAUGCUACAAUUGAUGAUAAUUCUUAAAAUUAUCUCAUAUUAUAUGAAUCUUUUUUCUGACGAGAUAUUUUUGAUAUUGAUAAACAUAUAAUAAAAUUAUGGCACAAUUGGUUAUUUAUUGCAUACUCUACUUUUGUAGAGAAUUUUCUCUGUGAAUAACGAUGGUCUGAAAAACCGCUAAAAUUAUAUUAGCGAUAAUGUAUUUAGACGUGUAAGAGUAGCAACGCUUCUACUUGAGACAUGAAUAAAAUAAUUUUUAGCCAUUUUUAACCGAUUAAAGAAAAACAGGGUAUACAUAAAAAUCAAAGAUAUUAAAUAUUACGUCUGACGCUCAAAUAGAAGCGAUGGGUACAAAUUUAUUACAUGUAAGCUAAUAUUUUAUUCAUACGAACUAUUUCGUAAGGCAUACUAAUUUUUUUCUUUCGAAGAUUUCAUCAAACUCCUUAAAAUUUUGAUCUUUUUAUACUGACUAUUCGAUUGCUAGUAACAACAAAGUUUGAAAACUCGAGUUUUACGGAAAAUUUUUACUCAACGAUUUUAGCACUCUCUCGAAUAUUGCUCUCGCAAAGUAAAACGCAUAAAUAACAAAUUACUUCAUACUCCUUUGAAUUUCAAAUCAUUUUCACUUCAAUAUGGAUUGUAUCGUUGUGUCUGUGUAUCUCGAUACAAUCGCCAAAUUGGUUUGCUCAACUUGCCGUGCAAUUCGUUUGCGAAGCACUCACUUUCGGAUCUAUGUUCCACUUCUACCGCAAUUUAUCGUAAUCAACGAAUGACUGUACGAUCAUAAAGUAUUAAACCAGUAUCCGAGCAUUAUUGAUAAUACUUUUCACGAAUUGAAGUAUUAGACUUUAGUACGCUACACUUUAAAUAUCUCGAAAUAAAAUUUGUGAUUCUCGUUCA